CCAUCCCACUCCAAACCAAACAAACAGGAGGCCAAGAAUCUCUCUCUCUCACUGAUGAACCAAUGGCCCAGCAGCAGCAGCUAACCAAGUGCAGCGCCUGGUCCACCGCUCCCAACCUCAAUCUUCCCCGCCAGAACACCCAGCGUUUCGCCUUUCCCAAUGCCAGGCGCCAAAACCCAAAUCAGAAGACCAAGAGUCUGAAUUGGUGGAUGCGAGGGUUUGGGAAUCAUGCGAGGGCGUUGGUGGCGAAGGCGAGUAAUGGCGGGGCAGGGACCGAGGUGGCGGAGAAUACGGUGGUCGACAGGCCGAAACUGCAGCCCUUUCAGGUGUCUCAGGGUCAUCCGAGUGCGCUCGGUGCCACGGCGCGUGAUGGCGGGGUUAACUUCGCCGUCUAUUCCGGCAAUGCGGUUUCCGUCACUCUCUGUUUGAUCACUCUCUCCGAUUUAGAGGGGGAUAAAGUUACUGAGCUGAUCCCUCUUGAUCCUUUGACCAACAAGACCGGAAAUGUGUGGCAUGUACUUCUCAAGGGAGAUUUCAAAGAUAUCCUUUACGGAUACAAAUUUGAUGGGAAGUUUUCGCCUGAAGAGGGACACUACUAUGACUCUUCUAGAAUUGUAUUGGAUCCUUAUGCAAAGGCAGUUAUUCGUAGAGGAGAAUUCCGCAAGCUAGGUCCUGAUGGUAAUUGCUGGCCUCAAAUGGCUGGAACGGUACCUUCUUUUGAUGAUCAGGUUGGGGGUGGGACAAGGAGACUACAGGCUAGAUUUCUGUUGAAUAAGUUUAAAUUGCAUAAUUGCUUUCUUAGCUUGAUACCCUUGUGAUGUAACAGAAAAGGG